UGCAGCUUUGAAGACUUCCAGGUUGUGUUCAUCUUUGAUGGUCUGGAUGAGUGUCGACUUCCUCUGGACUUCAACAACACCAAGAUCCUGACUGACCCUAGAGAGGCCACCUCAGUUCAUUUGCUGCUGAUAAACCUAGUUAAGGGCCAUUUACUUCCCUCUGCCCAUGUCUGGAUAACCACACGACCUGCAGCAGCCAAUCAGAUCCCUGCUCAGUUUGUUGACAUAGUGACAGAGAUCAGGGGGUUCAAUGACCGACACAAGGAUGAAUAUUUCUGGAAGAGAUUCAGAGAUGAGGAGCAGGCCAGUAUUAUAAUUUCCCACAUCUUGUUAUCAGAAAACCUCCACAUCAUGUGCCGCAUCCCAGUUUUCUGCUGGAUCACUGCUACAGUUCUGGAUUCUCUUACAAUAAAUAAUGAGAGCAGUGAUCUGCCUAAAAGCCUCACAGAGCUGUACAUCCACUUCAUGAUGGUGCAAGUCCAAUUGAAGAAGGUCAAGGAUGAAGGAUCGGAGACAGAUCCACCCUGGAGUCCAGACAGCAGGAAGAUGGUUGAGGCUCUGGGAAAACUGGCUUUUGAUCAGCUACAGAAAAGAAAUCUGAUCUUCUAUGAAUCAGACCUGACAGAGUGUGGCAUCGAUAUCAGUGCAGCCUCAGUGUACUCAGGAGUGUUCACACACAUCUUUAAAGAGGAGAGAGGACUGUACCAGGACAAGGUGUUCUGCUUUGUCCAUCUGAGUGUUCAGGAGUUUCUGGCUGCUCUUCAUGUCCAUCUGACCUUCAUCAACUCCGGAGUAAAUCUGCUGGAAGAAAAGAAAUCUUGGUCAUUUAAACUGUUUAGAAUUAAACACAAGCAAAAAGUCUUCUACCAGAGUGCUGUAGACAAGGCCUUACAGAGUCCAAAUGGACACCUGGACUUGUUUCUUCGUUUCCUCCUGGGUCUUUCACUUCAGACAAAUCAGACUCUCCUACGAGGCCUGCUGACACAGACAGGAAGUAGCUCACAGACCAAUCAGGAAACAGUUCAGUACAUCAAGAAGAAGCUCAAUGAGAACCUGUCCACAGAGAAAAGCCUCAACCUGUUUCACUGUUUGAAUGAACUGAAUGAUUGUUCUCUAGUGGUUGAGAUCCAGCAGUCCCUGAGUUCAGGAAGUCUCUCUACAGAUGAACUGUCUCCUGCUCAGUGGUCAGCUCUAGUCUUCAUCUUACUGUCAUCAGAAAAUUAUCUGGAUCUACUGGAGGAAAACAUUAUCACUUUUGUGAAGAAUGAGCUGAAGACGAUCCAAAGAGUUCUGGUUCCAGACUACAUGGAACCAUUUGAGCGUCAGAAAAAGGAUGAGAACGUGUUUGGAGUGAAUGAACAGCAGAGAAGCAGAGAACCCUUCCUAAAGAUCGCACUACACUUCCUGAGGACAAUGAAGCAGGAAGAGCUGGCUGACCAACUGCAGAGCAAAAUGUCUGCUCCAAUUUGUACACAUGAUCUUAAAACUUUGCUGAAGAAGAAGUUCCAGUGUGUGUUUGAGGGGAUCGCUAAAGCAGGAAACCCAACCCGUCUAAAUCAGAUCUACACAGAGCUCUACAUCACAGAGGGAGGGACCACAGAGGUCAAUGAUGAACAUGAGGUUAGACAGAUUGAAACAGCAUCCAGGAAACCAGACAGACCAGAAAGAACAAUCAAACAUGGAGAAUUCUUUAAUGCCUCAAGUGGAAGAGAUCAAACAAACAGAAUAGUGCUGACAAAGGGAGUGGCUGGCAUUGGGAAAACAAUUUUAACUCAGAAAAUCAUUCUGGACUGGACUGAAGACAAAGCGAACCAGGACAUCCAGUUUAUAUUUCCAUUCACUUUCAGAGAGCUGAAUGUGUUGAAAGAUAAAAAAUUCAGCUUGGUGGAACUUGUUCAUCACUUUAUAACCACAACUAAAGACUCAGGAAUCUGCAGAUUUGAAGACUUCCAGGUUAUGUUCAUUCUUGAUGGUCUGGAUGAGUGUCGACUUCCUCUGGAUUUCAACAACAAUAUGAUUCUGACUGAUGUUGCAGUGUCCACAUCAGUGGAUGUCCUGCUCACAAAUCUCAUCAGAGGGAACCUGCUUCCCUCUGCUCAUCUCUGGAUAACAACACGACCUGCAGCAGCCAAUCAGAUCCCUCCUCAGUGUGUUGACAUGGUGACGGAGAUCAGAGGGUUCACUGACCCACAGAAGGAGGAGUACUUCAGGAAGAGAUUCAGAGAUGAGAAGCAGGGAAGCAGGAUCAUCUCUCACAUCAAGACAUCACGAAGCCUCCACAUCAUGUGCCACAUCCCAGUCUUCUGCUGGAUCACUGCUACAGUACUGGAGGAAAUGUUGAGAACCACAGAGGUGAGAAAGCUACCCAACACCCUGACUGAGAUGUACAUCCACUUCCUGGUGGUUCAGGCCAAAGUGAAGAAGGUCAAGUAUGAUGAAGGAGCUGAGACAGAUCCACACUGGAGUCCAGAGAGCAGGAAGAUGGUUGAGUCUCUGGGAAAACUGGCUUUUCAUCAGCUGCAGAAAGGAAACCUGAUCUUCUAUGAAUCAGACCUGACAGAGUGUGGCAUCGAUAUCAGAGCAGCCUCAGUGUACUCAGGAGUGUUCACACAGAUCUUUAGAGAGGAGAGAGGGCUGUACCAGGACAAGGUGUUCUGCUUUGUCCAUCUGAGUGUUCAGGAGUUUCUGGCUGCUCUUCAUGUCAGUCUGACCUUCAUCAACUCUGAUGUCAAUUUGCUGGAAGAAGCACAAACAAUCUCCAGUAGGUCUGAUAAAACACAUUUCUACCAGAGUGCUGUGGAUAAGGCCUUAGAGAGUCCAAAUGGACACCUGGACUUGUUCCUCCGAUUCCUUUUGGGUCUUUCAAUGCCGACCAAUCAGACCCUCCUACGAGGCCUGCUGACAACGACCGAAAGAAGUUCACAGACCAAUCAGACUCUACUAGCAUCCCUGCUUACACGGCUUAGAAGUAGUUCACAGUUCAACCAGAAAACAUAUAUCAAGAAAAAACUCAAUGAGAAUCUAUCUACAGAGAAAAGCAUCAACCUGUUCCACUGUCUUAAUGAACUGAAUGAUCAUUCUCUAGUGGAGGAAAUCAAACAGUCCCUGAGUUCAGGAAGUAUCUCCACUGAUAAACUGUCUCCUGCUCAGUGGUCAGCUCUGGUUUUCAUCUUACUGUCAUCCAAAAAAGAUAUGGAUGUGUUUGACCUGAAGAAAUACUCUGAUUCAGAGGAGGCUCUUCUGCAGCUGCUGCCAGUGGUCAAAGCCUCCAAAAACGCUCUGCUCAGUAGCUGCAAUCUGUCACAUAGAAGCUGUGAAGCUCUAUCCUCUUCUCUAAAAUUAGAAGACUGUGGACUGAGAUCUCUAGACAUGGGUAACAAUAAACUGCAGGAUUCAGGAUUGAAGCUGCUGUUGGCUGGAUUGGAAAUUCCAUACAGUAAACUGGAAACACUCAGAUUGAGCAACUGUAACCUCUCAAAGAGAAGCUGUGAAAUUCUGUCCUCAGUUCUCAGCGCUUCAUACUCUAUUCUGAGAGAGCUGGACCUGAGUGACAAUGACCUUAAGGACUCUGGAAUGACCAUAUUGUCUUCUGGACUGGAUAAUCCACACUGUAAACUGGAAACACUCAGGCUGACAGGAUGCCUGAUCACAAAAUAUGGUUGUACCUCUCUGGUAUCAGCUGUGAAGGCCAACCACUCCCAUCUGAGAGAGCUUGACUUGACUUACAAUCAUCCAGAAGAGGCAGGAGUAAAACUAUUAGAGCAGCUAAGACUGGAAAUUCUCAGCUGGAUGUGUUUGUUCUCGCCGUCAGAUUCCUGUCAACUCGAAAUCGACACAAACACAGUGCACACAAACCUCAAACUGUCUGAAGACAACAGGAAGGUGACACGUGUGGUGGAAGGUCAGCCAUAUCCUGAUCAUCCUGACAGAUUUGAUUAUUGGCCUCAGCUACUGUGCAGAGAUGGUCUGACUGGUCGUUGUUACUGGGAGGUUGAGUGUAGAGGAGGAGUUAACAUAUCAGUAAGUUACAGAGCAAUCAACAGGAGAGGAGACAGAGAACACUGUGUGUUUGGAGAGAAUGAUCAGUCCUGGAGUCUGAGCUGUUCAGAUGAUGGUUGUUAUUUUGUCUGGCACAAUAAUAAAAAAACAUCCAUCUCCUCCUCCUCCUCGUCCUCCUCUGUCUCUAACAGAGUAGCAGUGUAUGUGGACUGUCCUGCUGGCACUCUGUCCUUCUACAGAGUCUCCUCUGACACUCUGAUCCACCUCCACACCUUCAACACCACAUUCACUGAACCUCUUUAUCCUGGAUUUACAGUCUUGUUUCCUACUUCCUCAGUGAAUUUGUGUACAGUUUAGGAUGAGGUAGGGGUAUUCAAUUCAAAUUAAACAUCCAGCAAGAGAAAAUACAGCAAGAAAAGUCCAGAAUAUCAUAAAAUUCCACAUUCAUUAUAAUUUAGUGCAAUAUAUUUUAAUGUAGCACAACAGUUAGAUCAAAGUCUGUGUAUAGUUAAUAACUGGCU